AUGAAGAUGCUUGGUUUAGACACCCAACACCAAGCUGCACUACUAAAAGUUGUCAUCCUCGGUUUAAUAUCAGCCGUUGCAAUUGCUAGCCGUUUAUUUAGUAUCAUUAGGUUCGAAAGUGUCAUUCACGAGUUUGAUCCAUGGUUUAACUAUCGUACAACUCGCCGCUUAGUAGAAACGAGUUUCUAUGAAUUUUGGAAUUGGUUCGACGAGCGAUCGUGGUAUCCCUUAGGUCGCGUUGUUGGUGGAACAGUUUACCCCGGAUUGAUGGUGACUUCGGCCACUAUCUACAACGUUUUGCACGCACUUAACUUUCCCGUUGAUAUACGCAAUAUUUGCGUUUUAUUGGCCCCGCUCUUUUCAAGCUUCACUGCUAUAGCAGCAUACCUAUUGACCUCCGAAAUAAAGGACUCCUCCGCCGGUCUUUUGGCGGCUGCAUUUAUCGGUGUGGCACCGGGGUACAUAUCUCGUUCUGUGGCCGGCUCAUACGAUAAUGAAGGAAUUGCCAUUUUUCUGCUUAUGUUCACGUUUUAUUUAUGGAUAAAAGCUCUCAAAGUGGGUUCUGCCUACUGGGGUGCUUUAGCUGCAUUAUUUUAUUUUUACAUGGUGGCAGCUUGGGGAGGUUACGUGUUUAUUAUCAAUCUGAUUCCUCUUCAUGCGUUUACACUCAUACUCAUGGGUCGAUUUUCGAGUAGGCUCUAUGUUGCAUAUUCCUCAUUUUAUGUUCUCGGUACCCUUAUGUCAAUGCAAAUUCCUUUUGUUGGCUUUCAACCAACAAGAACAAGCGAGCAUAUGGCAGCAUUAGGAAUAUUCGGAUUGCUUCAAAUAAUUGCUUUUGUCGAACUUGUAAGAAGUCAUCUUCCGUCCAACCAAUUUCAAAUUCUCCUAAAGGGUUUCAUUUUUAUCUCUUUUAUUGUCAUGUUUUCGGCGUUGGUUUUCUUGACGGUUUCCGGAUAUAUUGCUCCUUGGACUGGACGUUUUUACUCUCUAUGGGAUACAGGAUAUGCAAAAAAAUAUAUUCCUAUAAUUGCCUCCGUGUCCGAACAUCAACCUACUGCAUGGCCUUCCUUCUUCUUUGAUCUUGAAAUGUUGAUAUUUCUUUUCCCUGCUGGCAUAUACAUUUGCUUCAAAGAACUUCGUGACGAACAUGUGUUUGUCAUUUUAUAUGGUAUAACAGCAUCUUACUUUGCCGGUGUAAUGGUCCGUUUGAUGCUGACCUUGACACCAAUCGUCUGUGUGGCCGCUGCCAUCACUGUUUCGCGCUUACUCGACUUGUAUCUUGAUAUGCAUGGAUUGGAAUCUCAUGAAACAUCAACAAAGGAACCUCAUGAAACAUCAACAAAGAAACCCGUCGCAGAUGGUAAGACCAAAGUUGCGGAAAAAUCAAACAGCAGCAAAAAGGGUAAUAGUUCUCGUCCGGCACCAACAAAGAAAAAGGGUGAUCAACAACUUUUUGGUAUAAAAGGAUUUGACACUCGUUUAGCAGUUAUCAUGAACUUCUUCUUUUUCCUGACUAUAUUCGUCUGGCAUUGUACGUGGGUAACUUCCAAUGCCUACUCAUCACCCUCGAUCGUUCUUGCAUCUCGACAAGCCGAUGGCUCCCAAUACAUCAUUGAUGAUUUCCGUGAAGCUUACUAUUGGCUCCGGAAAAACACUGAUGAUUCUGCGGUAGUCAUGUCUUGGUGGGAUUAUGGUUACCAAAUUGCUGGUAUGGCAGAUCGUACGGUCCUGGUGGAUAAUAACACUUGGAAUAACACGCACAUUGCUACUGUUGGCAAAGCCAUGGCUUCUUCAGAAGAAGUCGCUUAUGAGAUCAUGCGUCGACACGAUGUAACUCAUGUACUUGUAAUUUUUGGUGGUUUAUUGGGAUAUUCUGGGGACGAUAUUAAUAAAUUCUUGUGGAUGAUACGUAUCGCUGAGGGUGUUUACCCUGAUGAUGUAAAAGAAAUUAGCUUCUUUACUCCACGUGGGGAAUACAGGGUGGACGAAGAAGCUACACCUACAAUGCGUAAUAGUAUUAUGUAUAAAAUGAGUUAUUAUAAUUACAAUGAACUUUUUGGUGGUCAAGGUCAAGACCGUGUUCGUGGCGCUCGAUUGCCAUCUGAUAAAAUAAGGCUGGAUACCCUGGAGGAAGCGUACACAACUGAAAAUUGGAUCGUUCGAAUAUAUAAAGUAAAAGAUCUGGACAACAUUGGUCGCAGCCUGAAGCAAGCGGCGUCAUUUGCACUGGGUAAAAAGAGACACACCAGGUCAAAGAAAAGAAGUUAA